AUGUCGAGUCCAAUACUUCGACCGUUGCCCAACGAAUCGUGGAAUUGCAUGCUUCCCGGCCCGCCCAGCCGCAACAAUUUCGGCUCCGCCGAUCUCAGCCCUUCCGGCCUCCUCGCCUUCGCCUCCGGCUCCUCCGUCUCUGUCGUUGACUCUAAUUCCCUCCAGCUCGUCACCACUGUCCCCCUCCCUUCACAUUCUCCUUCCUCCAGUUCCACCGCUUCCCUCUCCCCUUUCGUCACUUCCGUCCGGUGGACCCCUCUCCCUCCCCGCCGUGACCUUCUUGCCACCGAACCUUCCUCUUCUCACCUCAUCCUCGCCGCUGCCGACCGCCACGGCCGUAUCUCUCUCCUCGACUUCCGCCUCCGUUCAAUCAUCCUUUCCAUCGAUCCGCCAGAUCCUUCUUCUAAAACGGGUGUCCAGGACCUUUGUUGGGUCCAGGCCCGACCCGAUUCUUUCCUCCUCGCCGCCCUCUCCGGUCCUUCUCACAUCUCCCUCUACAACACUUCCACUUGCCGUUUCAUCUUCAAGUAUGACGCUUCGCCGGAAUAUCUCUCUUGCGUCCGCCGCGAUCCGUUCGAUUCCCGCCACUUGUGUAUCAUCGGACUCAAAGGAUUCCUUCUUUCCAUCAAAGUGUUGGGAGAAUCAGAAGAAGAUAUUGCCCUCAAGAAGUUUUUGAUCCGAACCAAAUGUAAGGAAAUACUUAAGCUAGAAAAAGAUGCCGCCGCCGCCGCUACCGGCGGGAGCUCUACUUCGACUCCCGCUUCCGCCGUUUUCCCCCUGUACGCGGUGCGUUUGGCGUUUUCGCCGCACUGGGAACAUGUGAUUUACGUGACGUUCCCUCGGGAACUGGUGGUUUUCGAUAUGAAGUACGAAACGACGCUGUUCUCCGCCGCAUUGCCUCGCGGGUGCUCCAAGUUCCUUGAUGUGUUACCCGACACAAACCAGGAGCUGGUUUAUUGUGCUCACAUCGAUGGGAAGCUCAGUAUCUGGCAAAGGAAAGAAGAACAGAUACAUAUAAUGUGCACAAUGGAAGACUUGAUGCCAUCAUUUGGUUCAUAUGUCCCUUCACCAUCAUUCCUUUCAGUCCUUAUCAGCCAAUCAGAGCCCAUACUACAAAACAUCAGCAAGAUUUGUUCUAAAUUAUCAACUGCUGCAUCUGAUAUUGAUUUCGAUAACCCUUUUGAUUUUUGUGAUGAUACUCUCCUUGUUUCUAAAACACAUUUGAUAUCCAUUUCUGAUGAUGGCAAACUAUGGAGCUGGAUAUUGACCGCUGAAGGGACUGGAGAUAUGCAGAAUGGUGCUAUAAGUUCAGGGAGAAAUGCCAAUGUCUUUGAAGAAUCAACUAAUGCAAACACCACAGUUUCUUCUAAUGAUGAAUCUACUGCAGAUGGUGGCAGGCAGCUUCACAAAGUGAAUGGUGCAAGAAUUCAGCAGUCAAACUCGACCGAUGCCCGACCCGAUGUGACAUUUAAGAUUAGCUUAGUAGGACAGCUUCAGCUUCUUUCUUCAACAGUGACCAUGCUGGCAGUGCCAUCCCCUUCUUUAACCGCUACAUUGGCCCGUGGUGGAAAUAGCCCUGCAGUAGCUGUUCCACUAGUUGCUUUGGGUACUCAAAAUGGGACAAUUGAUGUCAUCGAUGUCUCCGCCAAUGCCGUUGCAGCCGGAUUUUCGGUUCAUAGUAGUAAAGUGAGGGGUCUAAGAUGGCUUGGGAAUUCAAGGCUGGUUUCAUUUUCUUACACAGAGGUGAGUGAGAAAAUUGGAGGCUACAAUAACAGACUUGUUGUGACUUGUCUUAGAAGUGGACUUAAUAGAACUUUCCGGGCCUUACAAAAGCCAGAACGUGCACCUGUAAGAGCUUUGAGGGCAUCAUCCUCUGGAAGGUAUCUUCUGAUUGUAUUUCGUGAUGCACCUGUUGAGGUUUGGGCAAUGACAAAAAAUCCAAUUAUGCUUAGAUCAUUAGCUCUUCCGUUCACGGUAUUGGAAUGGACUCUUCCAACAGUUCCCCGACCAGUUCAAAAUGGUCCCUCUAAGCAAUCUCCAUUAUCCCCUAACGGUAAUGCAGCUGCAGCUUCAGAAGAGGCAACAGGGAGCUCGGAUGGCUCGCACGACGACAGUUCCGAGAGUUUUGCUUUUGCCUUAGUUAAUGGUGCACUUGGAGUCUUUGAGGUUCAUGGCCGGAGGAUUCGAGACUUCAGACCAAAAUGGCCUUCUUCUUCAUUUGUUUCAUCUGAUGGAUUGAUUACAGCCAUGGCAUACCGCUUGCCUCAUGUUGUUAUGGGGGACAGGUCAGGAGUCGUCAGGUGGUGGGAUGUAACUACUGGACAUUCUUCCUCAUUUAACACUCAUAGAGAAGGAAUCCGAAGAAUCAAAUUCUCACCCGCUGUUGCUGGGGACCAUAGUCGAGGGCGCAUUGCCGUACUAUUUUAUGACAAUACAUUUUCUGUAUUUGAUCUUGAUUCGCCAGAACCAUUAGUCAAUUCUCUUUUACAACCUCUAUGUCCUGGAACCCUUGUAUUAGAAUUGGAUUGGUUGCCUUUGUGGACUGAGAAUGAUCCACUGGUUUUGUGUAUUGCAGGAGCUGAUAGUAGCUUCCGCCUUUACGAGGUUAACAUAAAUGAUAAGAGAAGGAUCCCUGGACGGCAGCCUCGAAAUCUAAAAGAGAGAUUCCGACCGAUGCCUUUAUGUUGUCCCAUAUUGCUUCCGACACCUCAUGCAUUGGCACUGCGAAUGAUCUUACAGUUAGGUGUAAAACCCUCUUGGUUUAAUACUUUAGGUACAACAGCUAUAGAUAGAAGGCCCCAAUCCAUUACAAGAACUACUUCAUCCACGGGGGAUCUUCGCAGUUACAUGAUCGAAUUACCACCUGUCGGUGAUUCUGUAGUGCCAGAAUUGCUCCUCAAAGUAUUAGAACCUUACCGGAAGGAAGGCUGCAUAUUUGAUGAGGAAAGGGCUAGAUUGUAUGCCACCAUUGUCAAUAAGGGUUGUGCUGCAAGGUUUGCCUUUGCAGCUGCUACAUUUGGUGAGGUCUCAGAAGCACUUUUCUGGUUGCAAUUGCCUCGUGCUAUGAACCACUUGAUGAGUAAAUUAGUAAAAAAGUCUCCGGAGAAGGUACCUUUUUUGGAAGAUUCAGAGCUUGAUGACACAGCUCUACUUAGUAGAAUUACAUCAAAGGGGAAAUUGGCACCUGAGACCGGAUGGGGGGAUGCUUUGAGUAAAGGUCAGCUUAGGUUAAUGGCUUUUGACCAAGAAGACUUAUGGAAAAGUGCUAAUGAGCGUAUCCCUUGGCAUGAGAAAUUGGAGGGAGAAGAGGCAAUUCAGAACCGUAUACACGAUCUUGUCUCGGUUGGGAAUUUGGAAGGUGCUGUUAGUUUAUUGCUGUCCACUUCACCGGAAAGCCCUUACUUCUAUCCGAAUGCUCUACGUGCUGUUGCUCUUUCAUCUGCAGUGUCAAGGUCUCUUCUUGAGCUUGCAGUUAAGGUUGUUGCUGCUAACAUGGUGAGAACCGACCGGUCAUUAUCCGGCAUUCAUCUUCUCUGUGCCGUUGGAAGGUAUCAAGAAGCUUGUUCACAGCUACAAGAUGCUGGAUGCUGGACUGAUGCUGCUACUUUAGCAGCAGCACAUUUAAAGGGAUCUGAUUAUGCAAGGGUUUUACAAAGGUGGGCUGAUCAUGUCCUUUCUGCAGAACACAACAUUUGGAGGGCACUGAUUUUGUUCGUUGCGGCCGGGGCAAUGCAGGAGGCAUUAGCAGCCCUCCGGAAGGCACAACAACCGGACACGGCUUCCAUGUUCAUAAUAGCUUGCCGCGAAAUUCAUGCAGACAUUAUCACUAAUGUAUUAGGUUCAGAUGAUGAGUCAGCGUCAUCAUCAAAUAAGGAUACAAUGGUUGAAUUGCCUGGUUUAAACCCAGAGUAUGAAGAUGUUAUUGCAGUUGGUGAAUUUUAUGGUCAAUAUCAAAGGAAAUUGGUGCACCUCUGCAUGGACUCUCAACCAUUUUCAGAUUGAUCGUGCUACCGGAAAAGUCAGUCAUCCGCAUUCUCCGAUUUACAGUGAAGUAAUGCGGAUAUCAACCAGUCUCAUCUCAUCCUACAUAAGCGACAUUACACAAUCUAGCACGCAAACCAUUCUGUUUUCGAGCCGAUUUAGAUGGCAAA